AUGGAGCCUGGUGUAGUGAAAAUUGCGGAUGAUGGUGAUUUCGAUAUGUUGAAGAGAUUAGUCGACGAACACACCGAAUGGAAAUUGGAAUACGAUAAAGGAGACCUAACCAAGGUAUGGACAAAGUCGACUCCAAACACAAACUUUAAAAUGGUAAAAGUCCAAACAGUCUUCCAAGAUGUAGCUGCAAAUACUUUAUUUGACGUUUUACAUGACCCCGGAUAUCGGAAAGAAUGGGACGAGCACAUGCAAGCGUCAAUAGAAAUAGGUUAUUUAAAUCCAAAUAAUGAUGUAGGAUAUUAUGCACUAUCGUGUCCAACACCUGUAAAAAAUAGAGAUUUUGUCCUUCAAAGGUCGUGGCUGGAUAUGGGUGCAGAAAAACUAAUUUUAAAUCAUUCAGUCAACCAUAAGGAUUAUGCAAUUAGGAAAGGAUAUAUAAGGGCGAUUUCCCACAUGACCGGAUUCGUCAUUAGAGAAUCUGCGAAAGGAUGUUUCCUGGGAUAUAUAUCACAAACAGACCCCAGGGGAAAACUUCCUCCGUGGUUGGUAAACAAAAUCACUCAAAAGUUCGCACCAAAAGUAGUAAAGCAACUGAAGAAAGCCGCUGAAGGGUACGAAAUGUGGAAAUCGUCGCAAGAGAAUCCCUAUUUUAAACCGUGGAUAUAUCCGGAACAAACGAUGAGUUCGCCCAGGAUCAAUAUCUCAGAUUGUGUUGGACAUGACCUUCUACCCGAAAAUCCAGGAGAAUGUGACGAAACCGAAUAAGGGUACCAAGACAACGAAUUUUGCAUUUUGAACGGAGUCAGCUCUAAGACUUCGAUUCAAUUUCUUGUGAUAAGCAUUUCAAAUUCUAUAAUAUAAUAUAUACCAGAAUAUCUUGAAUAUAGAAUUUAAGCUGUAAAUUAUUAUUUAUUUAUUUUAAAAUUACGUUUUGUAGUUUAAUUUUUUGUGUUUUGAAAACCGUGUACACUUUUAUUAAUAAGGCGAAAAAGUUUGCAUUGUAGAAGAUAUUUGCUGCCAUUAACACUUUGCUAGAUUAGAAACGUUUGUGGUAUUUGAUUUGGUGUCAAAAAUGGACACUGAAUAGAGAUUCUUGGAGAAAGAUGAAUGAACUUGAUGCCAUGUGGUUGGAAAGUAUUCAGAGUACGAUUGCGUAUAGUAGAAUUUUAAAUAUGCACAAAUUGUUGGUGACCUUUUGUACAGGGUUUUCAAACAUUUUAAUUGUAUAUUCAUGGAAACUAAAACAGUAUUGUAGCCUAUUGAAGGAGCCCAAUACGAAUAACUGUCUCCAAUUACUAACACAGUGACAUAGAUAAGUUUUUAAUAUUUCCCUGCUAUGUAUACUGAGCAACGUUGGGAGAAAAUGCAGUGGGACUCAGAUAAACCAAACUGUUUGCCUAUUUUAAAAUUUGUGAAAAGACGAAUUUAGUUUAAAUUAUAUAAAGUAAAUUUUAUGUUAUGCACAUUUUUUUAAACAUUUAUACAAUUUUCAUAUUUUUCGACUAAACUUCGAAUAACAUUAGUCUGGAGUGAGCAAAAUUACAUAUUUUAAGUUUU